AGUUCGAGCGCGCAGUCAGUGCACACCACAGAUUUACAUUCACCUUCACGUUCAUCAAUAGUCUCAGAGAGAAGUCUUUAAAUUGUAUUCGUAUAUAUAUACGACUGAACAAUGGAACGAGUGCUGACCAUAUUCGAGAAGGCUGAUCCCUUCUCCACUUGGUGGCCUACUAUAGCCGCCGUAGUGGUCGGCCUUGUGAUUACAGUGCGGACGAUAAUGAGCGGCCAGCGUUGUCCCAACGAUAAUCAAAUCAAGGAGCAAAUUGUUGUUAUUACUGGGGGCAGCAGCGGCAUUGGCUUUGAGAUUGCCAAAGCGCUAGCGGCGCGUGGUGCACGCAUUAUCCUUGCCUGCCGCAAUAUGGUGGAGGCCCAGCGUGCCGCUGCCAUCAUUAAACGAGAACUCGGUUGCCAAACGCCAACCUCAAGCGAUGACAGCAGAAGCCCGGCGGAACGCUAUUUCGUGGAGGCCCGUCAUCUGGACCUGUGCUCGCUGCAGAGUGUCCACCAGUUCGCUAGCCAGCUAAUGGCUGAGUUUGAGCGCAUCGAUGUGCUGGUGAACAAUGCGGGCAUUGUGUUUGGCGAUACACGCCUACCGACGCCGGAUGGCUUUGAGCCACAUUGUCAGGUGAACUAUUUGGCGCCGUUUCUGCUGACACAGCUGCUGCUGCCGCAUCUGCGAUUGGCGGAGCAGGGACGGAUUGUGUUUGUGUCGGCGCACGCUCACCAGGCGGCCAAAAUCGAUUUUGACGAUCCGUUGAAUGUGGGCACCUGGGCGGUCAAAUUCCAUGCACGGGAUGCCUUCGCCCAUUCGAAGCUGGCCGUGAUUUUGGCCACUCGCUGGCUGGCCAGAGAGCUCAAGGAUACCCCAAUUACGGUCAACUGCUGUACGCCCGGGCUUGUUAGAGGCACCCGACACCUGCGCAACUCACCACUAAUGUCGGCCAUUUGCGUUAAAGUGAUCACCUACCCGUGGAUGUGGCUGUUCAUGAAGAAUGCCUUCGAAGGCGCCCAGAGUGCCAUACGUCUGGCCACGGAUCCCCAGCUGAAGCAAGUAACUGGCGAGUACUUCAAUGACUGCGAAAUUGCGCCAACUUCGGAGGCAGGCCAGGACAAGGAAUUAGCCAAGAGACUAUACAUGCAAACCAUUGAAACGCUGCAGCGCGUUACCAAACUUACAGUCGACAAAGAGGCGUGCACCAUGGCGAGAAGGCUCCAGCUUCCCGAGUCCGGGAAGUGAUUUAUGUGUUGCACGCGGACUUGGCAUAGACAGAAGACUGCCUGCAACUUCAACAUCAAUUUGCAUUUGGCCUAACAAUUGCCGCAUUAGGAGCAUCACCAGCACGUCUCAACCUCCUCCUAAGCCACUUAAAGUGGCCAAAAAAAAAAAAAAUUCAAGUGUCUGCAACUGAAGUUGAGACCGCUCUCUAGGUUUUGCUCAUAGAAAUUAUAUGUAAAUUUAAUGUGAAUUCUAUCAGAAUGUGCUGAAAUUAUGUUUUAUUCUUGU